CAAAACAUAGAAAUUUCAUAGAAUUUCUCAUCUUGUGUGAAUUUCGAGAUCAACCGAGAAAAAUAAAGACCUUUGUUAUUCCAUAAUGUCCAAUAUUUUGUUAAAAACUCUUCGUAAUCCAGGAAUUAUUUAUUCCAUAAGUCGUAAUUUUUCGAAUGCCAUUUCACAAGCAAACGGACUACGCAGUGCAUCGAAUAGUCCAACCAAAAAGCAAAACACCUUGCUCCAACCACCCCAAACAUCUAUUAAUUAUGUUCGCUCAAUGUUUAUCCAAACUCAAGAUACCCCAAACCCUGACAGCUUAAAAUUUCUACCCGGUGUUGCUGUUCUGGGUAAAGGAAAUACCAUGGACUUUCCAAGUUCCCAGGCAGCUUUCUGUAGUCCUCUUGCUAAAUUGCUAUUUCGCAUCGAGGGUGUUCGUUCUGUAUUCUUUGGUGGUGAUUUCAUAACAAUUUCUAAAAUCGAAGAUGCUGAAUGGAAUGUCAUUAAACCAGAAGUCUUUGCUGUAAUCAUGGACUUCUUUGCAAGUUCUUUGCCUAUUCUUACCGAAUCUUCUCAACCCAAUUCAGACACUCAGAUUCAUGAAGAUGAUGAUGAUACUGUCAUGAUGAUUAAAGAAUUACUUGAUAGUAAAAUUCGACCCACGGUUCAAGAAGAUGGUGGUGAUAUCAUAUUUAUGGGCUAUGACAAUGGAGUUGUUAAACUCAAAAUGCAGGGAUCUUGUUCUUCAUGUCCCAGUUCAAUUGUAACACUCAAAAAUGGUGUUGAAAAUAUGCUUCAGUUUUAUAUUCCUGAAGUUACUGAAGUUCAACAAGUAUUUGAUGAGGUUGACAAAAUAACAUCAACGGAAUUUGAAAGAUUUGAGCAGCAAAUCAAGGAAAAGGAAAAGGGAACAUAGAUAUGGACUGAUAACCUUUGAUUCUUAAAUAUCUAAUAUUUGAUUGUUAUGUAAAAAAAAUAAAUUAGUUUAAAAUAAUAACUGUUAGAGAAUUACAAAAAA